AUGGCAGCGAGACUAGCAAACCGAGGCAUAUCAGCCCUGAUUCCAGGCUCUUCGUCGAGAGCAGCACCGCUGGCGUACCGGAUACAGCACCGCGGGUUCUCUUCAUCGCACAUCAACGCCGCAUAUGCGACUGCACCAAAGGCUGCGGUGGCGAGCACAUCGACGACUUCGGCAGCCAAACCCGCGACUUCAAGCACAACGACUACUACAUCGAGUGCGCCGCGAACUGUAACACCGCAAUUUUCUGGGGCCAAAGAACCGCCCGUGCCCACUGCACGCAAUGUCACUGCAGACUCUGCCGCCGCCGCCGCUCGCCGCCAACGGUCUCUUACUGAUGGGCUCUCCGAUGCGCCGCCAGAGCUAGAGGGCGUACCGGCUAUCGACUGGACACGCUCGUACCAUGGCCUGGGCAGCAUAUCCUUCACACCAGAGCAGUCUGAGGCGCUGCUCGCACCCGUCACACAAGACGAUGUCGAGGUCAAGCCCGACGGCAUCUUGUACCUCCCCGAGAUCAAAUAUAGACGUAUUCUUAACAAGGCGUUUGGGCCUGGAGGCUGGGGGCUGGCGCCACGAGGCGAGAGCAUUGUGACUGCCAAGUUGGUCACACGGGAAUACGGUCUUGUUGUUCAGGGACGCCUCGUCUCCAUAGCCCGUGGCGAACAGCAAUACUUUGACCCCGAGGGCAUCCCCACGGCGACCGAGGGCUGCAAAUCCAACGCUCUGAUGCGAUGCUGCAAGGACCUGGGUAUCGCGUCUGAGCUCUGGGAUCCCCGCUUCAUCAGAGAGUUCACAAGCAAAAUGACAAAGGAAAUGUGGGUUGAGCACGUGACGACAAAGAAGAGGAAGAAGAUUGUGCUCAGGAAAGACGACAGCCCAAAAUACCCCUUCAAGGAGGUCAAACUAUAA